AGCAGUGGAUCAAUCGCAACUCCCACGAGUGGGAUGCCACGCACUGGCCCUACCUUGCCGAUGAGUCCCAUGUUGACGGGUGUGCUGUCUCCCAUGCUUAGAGGAAUGGUCAGUCCUCCCGGAUCGCCGACUCUGCAAUCGAGAUCAUCGCAUACUGCGGCUGCAAAGCCGGAUCAUCUAGCUGACCUUCACUCACGGAGAGCAGCACAUAAUCUGAUGACCGCCGUCAUGGAAUCCGCCGACUCGCCUUUUCUGUCCCCUUCAUCGCCGAACAUGUCAAGCACACCGGUGAAACCGCAUGCGCCUGCGAUGAUUGCUACGGAUGCGAUUGUGGACGAGCUGCAGAGACUUCUUGACACGCCCGAGCUGAGGUCGAAGACCUUGUUUCGCGACUUGCAGUACAUCUCGUGCUUUGUUUCGCAGGAGCACCUCGAUACGGCGCCUGACGGUAAGAUUCUUUGGGAUUUUGGGCUCAGUGCAGUGGGGAUCAGGAAGGAAGCUGUAGAUAGUAUGGUGACGUACGCAACAUCGGUGUUGCAAGACAGUGGCAGCAUUGUCGGCGGCUUGGGGAUCAAAUCUGAUGAAGGCUCGUUCUGCCGGAUUUCUGAGAGACAAGAGAAGGUGGAAGCCGCUCGUGCACUUCUUAUCGCGGCGAAGGAAGGAGAUCCUACGGCUCAGAGGGAGUUUGCGAUCCUGCAGAUAUCGCAGCCGUCGAUUGUACCGACGUCUAUCUCGCCGUUCGCGCGACCAUCCGAAGUAUUGGGGAGGACCGAGAGCUACACAGAGGCAGGGGACAGGGAGAAAUAUGAUCCAGUGCGCAUUGCCAUCGCACAACACUGGCUGAAUUUGGCGAGUGCGCAAGGAGACAAUAUUGCGGGGAUGUAUCUCACGCAGAUGAAGAAUUGGACUACACCACAAGAGAAGUGGGAGUGGUUGAAGAAGUGAACUUUAGCUUAGAAAGAGUUAUGAGGUGGGUGGUACAGCUGGCGUUUGGAUUGAGACUGGAUUAGGCGUUUGUUGGUUUGCUACCUUACUGCGACCCA